ACGGACCACAAACUGCUCACCAGGACCAAAACAUGUUUCCUCCAACGCCCCAUCGCAGCAAAAGUGAUGUGAAAUGAUCCACUCGUGAUAUUAUUUUUUUUCCACGCUCCUUUUGAAGCUUUUUGACUGAAAAGUGGACUGCGAUAGACAGGAAGCGCAAUUUAAGUUACCAUCGGACAGGUGCAGAAAAUGACGCCGAGGCUCGUGGCGCUCCUGGCUUUGUGGAGCCCGCUGCUGGCGAGCGUGCGCUGCUGUCCGGAGCAAUGCACCUGCCAGGACAAAUCCGCUCACCAGUUUGCCGACUGCGCUUACAAAGACCUGCUGACGGUGCCGGUGGGUCUGCCCUCCAACGUCACCACCGUGGGCCUGUCGGCCAACAAGAUCAAGUCGCUGAAAAGCAGCAGCUUCGUCAACAUCCCCCAGGUCACCUCCAUAUGGCUGGCCCACAAUGAGAUCGUGUCCAUCGAGACGGACACUCUGGCCCCCCUGGUUCAACUCCGCAACUUGGAUGUCAGCCACAACAAAAUAGUCAACUUCCCGUGGGAGGACCUGCUGAAUCUGACCGCGUUGCAGCUUCUGAAAAUGAACAACAACGAGAUGGUGAACCUCCCCAAGGACGCCUUCUCCACGCUCAAAGACCUGCGCUCGCUUCGCAUCAACAACAACAAGUUCACCACCAUCGUCCAGGGCACCUUUGACGCGCUCUCUUCCAUGUCCCACCUGCAGAUCUACAACAAUCCCUUCGUGUGUACCUGCAGCCUGGAGUGGCUAAGGGACUGGAUCGCCACCGCCAAGAUCUCGGUCCCUGAGCCCAGCUCGAUUGUGUGCGAGGCCCCCGAUCACCUGAAGGGUGUCACAGUUACAAAAAUCCCCAAACUGGACUGUCAGGCUCCCGUUGUCACGAUAACGUUCCAGCCCGAUAUUGGUAUCACAGAAUUACUCGAGGGCUCAACGGUGGUGUUGAACUGCGACACCAAAGGAAGUCCCAAACCACUGGUUAGCUGGGAGGUGAUUGCAGGUAAUCAGAAUUUUCUGUUCCCUUUGCCCUCCACGGGCGAGGCUAACAACUUGCCCAUCAACGACAAAACCACCAACAGUCGCUUCCAGGUUUUUCAAAACGGCACCCUAGUCGUCCCUCGCCUGACGAAAAAGGAAGACGGGAAUUACAGCUGCCUGGCAGUGAACGAUUUGGGCAAGGCCGAGAGCACCGUGAAACUGUCCCCGGCGGUGAGCAAAAAACACGCGACGGCGGACUCCACCGUGGACAAGAUCCGCCCGUCCCUCAACAAGCCCACUCAUCCCAAGAGCUCCAAAAACAACGUGAUCAACUGGUCCAAGGCUGACGACAGGACCAAGAUCAGACCGGACGGUCCCGCCGACAAACAAGAUGGCCCCCUCGAUGAGGGGAUUUCUAAGGAUCCCUUGUUCACCAGCAAGUGUGGCGUGCGAGACGGCAGCGAGUACGUCUCCAACCACGCCUUUAACAUGAGCCUGGACGACCUCAAGCAGUACACCUUUGACUUCGGCGUCAUCGCCCUGGAGGUGUCCGAGACGGAAGCCAAGGUCAAGCUGAAUCCGCUGCAACUGGCUCGCAGCAAGUCCAACCUUCACCUGAGCCAAAGCGACAACGCGGAGACGGUGAUUCAGGAGCCAGCGGGGUUGUACCUGUCGUCCUCCGGGAAGGCCGGCCCGGAUAUGCUCUACAUAUGCGUGGACACCGGGAAUGGGCACUCCCUCAUCAAGUGGUCCAACAUCGAAGAGGGGGUCAACUCCUAUCACUUCACCGGGUUGCACCCCGGCACCAAUUAUACGCUUUGUCUGACCUACGGCGGCCAGGAUUGUCAGGUCCAAGUGGUCUUCACGACCAGGAAGAAAAUCCCCUCUCUUCUCAUCAUCGUGGUGGUGAGCAUCUUCCUCCUGGGGCUGGCCACAGUGCCCCUACUGGGGGCCACCUGCUGCCACCUUCUGUACAAAUACCAAGGCAAGACCUACAAGCUCAUCAUGAAGGCGCACAAUCCCGAUCCGGCGGCAGAGAAGCAAAUGGCCGGCGACUUUGACCGCAGGACCUCCUUCGUGGAAUCCGAGAAGACCUUCAACCCCAGCGAGAUGGAAGGGGAGGGGGAGCCCCCCGAGGGAGAGGCCGAUGCAGAGGGCAGCGUGGCUACGGGAUCCAUCCCGGGCUCUUCAUCCAAGACCAACCAGGAGGAGUUUGAGGUCGGCUCCGAGUACAGUGACAGACUACCGCUGGGGGCGGAGGCGGUCAACAUCUCCGAGGAGAUCAACGGAAACUACAAGCAGCCGAGUCGCUGAGAGCCGUGUAAGAUCAUCUUCCUUAUGAGCCCCCAAAAACUUGAUUUGUCCCUGUUUUUUUUUUUUAAACUCAGAAAAAAAAAAAAACUCGCCAGUCACGGAGAUUGUAAAAGUCUGUUGUAAUGUUAAGAAACGCACCAAAAAAAAAAAAAAAAAAAAAGAGGCGCUUAUUCACUGUAAAAAUCAUCGGCUGCGAUUAUUUUAUAUCAGUGGUUACCAAUCUUUACUGAGCCAAGGCACGCAUUUUACAUUUAAAAAAAUAAUGGCACAAAAAAAACAAAUAAAAUUUAAAGAUUGAAAAAAGUUCUACUCAAGCGAGGGCUUUCAAUUGUUCUGCCAAAGUACGUCGCGGGCGCAGCUAUAAAAAUAUACUUUAUUUAGAGUAAAGAAAUAGGAGGCUGAUUUUGGGAACAAAUAUCUGAAAUUGUAAAGCUACAAUUUUUAGUAGCACAUUUGAUGAUAUCUGAAGGCACACCGAAGAUUCUGUGGCGCGGUUGCAAAUUUGUUCCCCAGGCACAAAAAGAUGCAAACACACAAGAGACAAAUCAUUCCAAAUGUAUUCGCACCGACCGCAGGAAUCCGUUUUGUAAAGACAUUUUUUAUUAAUCCGGUUUGGGUAUAAAAAAAAAAUAAAGCCUCUCAGGAAAUAUCACCGGUAUUUGGAUGCGAAACACGAUGUAAAAAGU